UACUUAUUUUAAAAGUUUUCUUGUUUCAAACAAACGAGGCCAGAGGAAGAAAGGAUGCCCAAAAUUUAAACAUCAACAUCAACUUGUUUUUAAAAAGUCUCUUCCUUGACUGAAAAGUUGUGUGUAAAAUUCGUGACUCAUUGUUCAUUAUAUAUAGCUGGCAUUUAAAAUGAAUAUUUCAUCGUUAUUGCUGCGUUUAAUUUCGUGCUUAUAAUUAAAAGGAGAUUGACAAGAAUCGCGAAAUUUAUUAUUUAUUAUUAUUGAGACCCGAGUAGUUUUUAAAAAGUAGAAAUAAUAAACAUGGCUGCAGUUCUGAGAAACCCGUGUCUUUCCACACCUCCUCUAAUUAUAAUUCAUUAUGUAGGUACUGUUCACAUUUGGAAUAAUCCCUUGACAUUUAGAACGUCAAGGAGAUAUGAUUAUAUGAAGACAAUUGCUAAUCCGGAGAGCGUUAAAUAUAGCUUUACAUGUUAAAAAAUAAUAGCAUACAAAAUGCGUCAAAUAAAAAAUUAUUAAGGAGAUCUUUGAUUGUUUUAAGAAUCACCCUUUUUUUUUCUCUGCGCCCAUCUUCAGUGAAGGUAAAUUUAGUUCCGUGCAAGACUACGUGAUAGCUAAUAAAUAUAUGAUUACACUUAAAGAAGCGAAAUCUCAUCAUAUCCCAUAAAAGGCACUGUUUUAUUGUGUUUUUGCUUCAUUAUGUAAGCGAUACCGAGCUAAUUACACGCUGAAUUCUUGCUAUCGAUGAACGGUUUCUAAGGAAACUGCCCUCAUCCGAUUCAUCGCCAGCUAGCGUGAAAGAUUCAGCAAAAGAUGUUCCACAGUGCAGGUUAUCGCUUAACUUUCCAUCCUGCUCACGUCUUCUGCCCCCUGUGCACUCUGCCAGGCAAUCCGCGCGUUCCGUUGCGACCUUGCUGUAGGUACCCGGGGGAGCCGUGUCCAGAAUCACAUAUGGAACUUCCGGUGAAUUCUCUCAUGGCCCUGCGCUCGCCCGAGUCAUAUGGCUUCCCGGCUGAGUCGCUUAAUAUGACAUCAUUUUCGCCUCAUCAUUUUCAGUCGUCAACAGUUGAUAUAGCGCACGCACAACGUGCAAGAACUGGCAGGGAAGAAAUCAAUUCCAACAAUGUCAGGGAUGACUCAAGACAACAGCGUUACAGUGUUGUCAACAAGAGAAAACGUCGAAAGCGAACCAUCUUUACGUCCGAGCAGUUGAGCCGACUGGAGUCAGAGUUUGCUGACCAGCAGUACAUGGUGGGCGCUGAAAGACAGCAGCUAGCAGAAGCCUUGAAUCUGUCUGAAACACAGAUCAAAAUCUGGUUUCAAAAUCGGCGAAUCAAAUGGAGGAGGGAAAACAAGCAAGAAUACCCGGACUUCUUUGCUAGUUCGCUUUCCGCAAUGGCAUGUGAAGCGCGCCAUCCGACUGCAAACACUGAGGCUUGGAAUGAUGGAGGCAACCUGGUUUCUAGUAACAACGUUUAGGAGAAGACGCGUAUCUCCUAGGUGUAUCUUGCCGUUUGUCGCAUUUGAACAGUAAAUAACGUCACGAAAAGAAUUCUUAGUUAGGUUGAUUUUACACUAUAACAUUAAUAAGAGAAAGACACUAAUACAAGGGGCCUAAAUGGGGGUGCUAGCCGCAGGAAUCUCAUGAGUUAGAAUUGCAGCAAUUUUUUGGCUAUCAGUUAAAUAUGUAAUGUAACCCAUUUCUCAGUUUUCGUUAACUUUUUCUGAUCACAGAUCUCAGGUGUCAGUUUAAAAGUCCCGUCACUUCUCAGCCCGUGUCAUUUAACAUGUUCACCGAAUUUCCAGCUUUCAGAUGAACCCAGCAAGGUCAUUUUACAAGAGUGUUUUUCAAACAAAACGCGCUAUCGCACGUAAGCUUUUACGUUAUUCAUAGUCGGUUGCAAAACGAAAUGACAUAAUAUAGCAGACUGUAUACGAAAUAAAGAACUAGAUUAACUGAGUAAUGAUGGCGAAAGAUUUAUUUGAUUUAUCAACGCUUCAGUGAAAUAAACUCGCAGUAACGCACCUUUUGGUAUUUCGUGCUUUUUCAUGGUUUAACUUUCAUAUUUAGUAUUGACUAACCUGCUGUUGCUAGGCGACAAAGGUUUUCAAGACAUCAAUGGCAAAUUUGUGACAAAAAUCUGAUCGGUUCCCGAUUUCACCAAUCCAAAUAUAGAACGUCAGGUAAUUAAUUAUAAUUUGAUAACUUAUGACCCAAGGGACACAUUCCAUCGUGCCUGUUCCUCGCGCACUAAUUAAGAGCGUGGCUUGUCACUGGGUCCCUCAAAAGUUCCUGUCUUCUCCACCCUCCCUCCAGUGAAAAUACAAGGAAGAGUUACAGUACAGUUACCUCAGAAAACAGGAUAGCGGGACAUUGUUUGGUAACACCCAGUACAUCAAUUCGUGGCCCUAGCAUGCCCUAAUACGAGAUUUCUAAUUAAACAAUAGCGCGUUUCUGUCGAGAAACUAUCGGCUGAUAGUUGCCCCGCGGA